GAUUCCAACAAAUGAAACCAAUAACUCACAUAGUGUAUUGUGUGUGUACAUUCUUGUCGUGUUUACAAAAGAAAAUCUGAACAAUCACUCUCUAUUCUCUAGGCUUCUCCAGUCUUUUCUUAGCACUUCUCAGAUCUCUAUCUAUUACAAAACCAACGGUCAUAUUCUCAGUCUCUAUUCAAUUUCUUCAUAUUUAUAUUUAUAUUAUAUUUGUAUAACCGUUUCUUAAACGACUACCUCCUUAUUUACAUUUCGUUCCCUAUCACACUUCCUGUAACUGAACAAAACAAAUGUCUCCCAAAUUCUCAUUUUCACUCCUUCUAUUCUCUCUAAUCUCCACCCUCUGUGCUGCCCAAGGCGGCGGCGGCGGCGGAGGAGGAGGAGGGGGGACGAUUGAGUUGUGGUGUGUGGCAAAGAACAACGCAGAGGAUGCUGCACUUCAGUCGGCGAUUGAUUGGGCUUGUGGGCCUGGAGGUGCUAAUUGUGGGCCUAUUCAACCCGGUGGACCUUGCUAUGAUGCUUCCGACAUACAGAAAACGGCGUCGUAUGUUUUCAAUGAUUACUUCAUCAGGCAUGGUAUGACUCAGGAUGCUUGUAAUUUCGAUAACAACGCUGCUCUCAUUUCUCUAAAUCCCAGUCAUGGUGGAUGUAAAUUUCCAUCCAGCAAAAAUGGGAGUGGAAAUUUUAGUGGGUCAACGAAUGUGGGAUUAGGUCCGGCUUCAGAAGAUUUGAGUAGCAGCAGUUAUAUUCCCAGGAGGUGGAUCUAUAUCUUGAUGGCAAUCAAUUUGCUGUUUUCAGCUCAAGAGCUGCUGCAGGUAUUUGAUGUUAGUUCCACGGGCUCUCCAAAAUCUUGAAGGCCAGAUUUGAAGAAAUAUCCUAAAAAUAUGUCUUCUUAUUCGUUAAUCAAUGAUGUGGUAUGUAAUUCUAACUUUAGAUAUGCAAUUAGAACUUUCUCCUUGAUUGCAAGUCUGAACUACCAUUGUAAAUCUGAGCAUUCAUCUUUAAAAUGAGUUGCUAGCUGUUCUACCUUUUGGUUCUUAUCUGAGUCUUGGAUUGGAUUCCGGGUGGACUUGUCAUUCCAGUUAUUUAGGGGUCGUUUGAUAGGGUGUAUAAGAAUGGUAGUAUUAAGUAAGGUGUAUUAGUGAUCUUGUGAUUAGUUAUACUGGGAUUAUUUCUUAUACACUGUUUGGUUUGGUAUAUUGAAGGCCAGAAUUGAAGAAAUAUCCUAAAAAUAUGUCUUCUUAUUCGUUAAUCAAUGAUGUGGUAUAUAAUUCUACCUUUAGAUAUGCAAUUAGAACUUUCUCCUUGAUUGCAAGUCUGAACUACCAUUGUAAAUCUGAGCAUUCAUCUUUAAAAUGAGUUGCUAGCUGUUCUACCUUUUGGUUCU